GCACACUUGACAACAGCAACCAUGUCUGUGAGUGAUGGUGCAUGUUGACUGAAUGACAUCGUCCUUAGCAGAGUAGUUUGGACCGUAUUAGCAGCAGUGUGGUCGCCGAGAUGUUUUGGAUAUCAGCUGGCCAGCGAAGAUCCAUCGGACUCCUCCGCUGCUGGUCCCUGACCGUCAGCCCGAGGGGCGUCACGACUUCCAGGUGCCCCCAGCUUCAUUUGCGGUCUCUCUUCAGCUCUGCCCCCGUGUCUUCAAGGCACGAGGAGGCGAAGCCGUCGCCCCUGCGGCAGUGGGCUCUGACCGUCAGCCCCUUCACCACAGUGAAGGCCCACCUCGGAUGUAACAUUUCCAUCCGCUCCCUGGACCCGCACGCCUAUCCCGAGGCUGACCGAGCCUUCAUCACAGUCCACGGUCCAGACUCCGAGGACGUCUGCCGGGAUCACAUCCACGUCCACUAUGACGAGCAGAGCAAAGAGCUGCUGAUCUCAGCUGAAAGUGUUAACAGCGACGUGUCGAUUGAGAUGGAUGCACCCAUCAAAUGUGAUCUCCUCAUAGCUGCUAGUGGGAAAGGCAGCGUGCAAGUUAAGAAAAUGGAGUGUGAUAUCUGCAAAGUGCAAACUGAACAGGGCAGCUGUUUACUGCACUCUGUGAAGGGUCAUCAGAUUGAGGUGCAGUCCAAUGGAGGGCAUGUUACAGGCGUGGGUACAAUCCAUGGCAACGUGCACAUCAGGGCAAAAGGAGACAGUGAGGUGAAUGUUAAGAAGCUACAGGGCACCGAGAUGAACGUUUCCACCGAGAGAGGCCCUCUCAAGGUCAAAGCCAUCUAUGCAGAGUCCAGCUGUGUUUCGUCCUGCUCUGGGAGAAUCGAACUGGGGAAUGUGCAUGGUAACACAAUAGUUGAGAACGUGUCUGGAGACACAGUAAUCGAUGGUUCAAAUAGUUUCCUGAAGGUUUCCUCUGACAGUGGAGGCAUUGAUGUCUACGUGGGAGAUGGUGGAACUGCUGCACUUCACAGUCAGGACGGAGUGGUGAGUGUGCGUGUCCCUUCCUCUUUGCGAGCCGCCCUGGAGCUCAGCGGGGCGUCGGUGGAUGUCAGCUCAGAAGUUGUUCUGCAUGAAGUAGAAAGGAACACCACUGAUGGUUAUACAACACUAACUGGCUACAUGAACGGAGAGUCUCCAGCUGGCCAGUCGGUUAAAGCUCAGGCGGACAGAGGUGCUGUCAGGCUGAGGACACAAAGCUGGUUUGACUCUUUAAAACUUGGCAGCUGAGGAACAGGACUCUAAAGCAGCAUUUCUGCAUGGAACUUUAUCCAGAGCCACAUCUAACUGCAGGCCUACAGCUUAAUGUUAUUGGGGAAGAUUUUUCUCUCUCUGUGCUGGAGAUAUUCUGUAUAUAAUAAUUAAGAUAAUACAUGUUUAAUCCAAAGUGUUGUUGAAUGUUCUGCUUGAAAACAAACCAUUUAAUCUUUAAGUUUAAAUGGAAACUGCAGCAGCAAUUUAGAGUAGCUCUGACAGACAUGUUAUUUAUAUAUAUAUAUACACACACAGACAGACACACGCAUACUGAAAAAAGCUCAUUCUUACAGUGGAACACAGAAUAUAUCCACAAAAAUUAGACCAGUAUUUUAAAAGACAGAUAACAUGGUAGAUAUUCAGCAUCAAAGCACACAUAGACAGUAUAUGAAAGUCCCAAGGCAUUCAGCACCCAUAUCCAGUUCAAAAUACUUUGAGGUAAAAAGUUUAAACUGAGAAACUUGUCAAACAUAUGCUUCUUGGGAAUUAUGACAGAAGCAAGGAAAAAAAUAAAUCAGAAUGAAUAUGACAUUUUUUGUCUUUGAACACUUCAUGUGAUACUAAUGCAGUGUGAUCUGUUGUGAUGGGGUGAUGGUCCAACGUUUUCUAUUGUCCCAACCCGAUAAGCAGAUAAGGUUGUAAAUCAUAAACGAAGAAAAAGAGAUAACUCACUUACUUUCAUUGUUCUGAAAAAGUUCUUACAUGACAGAAAGGUGAGUGACACUUUUAGGGAUGGAUUAAGAAAAUGUCUAUUCUGGAUCAGUUUUUUACGAAUACUGAAAAAGAAAAUCUAAUUAAUUUCAUAUACUAACACGGGCUUAUACUUUUGUACAAAAAAAACAAAAUCGUAUUACCACAUCAUCUGACAUCUUUUCAGAACUCUGGAGUUAAUUAAAUCUGUUGGAUGUACUUACUGCACAUGUUAUGAAUGAAUGCUUAGCUGUCUCCUCCCAAGUUUCAACAGUCUUGAAAGAUCGCGUGAUUGGAAGCCCUAUUUUGUUCAUGUUGCUGACAAACCAGUAAGAAGGGUCAUCACUGCUGUGCUCCCAGUAUGAGACUCGUGUCUGCAGCUUUAUGGCAGCCGCCCUGAGAAAAAACAAAGCUCUUAAAAGGGCUAUUACCUUUCAGGACUUUUUUUUCUAAUUUGUGCUGUUACUGAACCUGGAAAUGCCUCGGCAACAGUUCAUCUUGAUGGAGGCAAGCGGAGGGCAAAUCCUCUCCAAAUGUCGGGGAGUGCGAUCUGUGAGAAAAGUGCAGCCACUCACAUCGAGCUCUUGCAGAUACUGAGAUCCAAUUGUCAGAUACUGCACUGCCAUAUCUGUCAUCUGAAAAAAAAGAACACAGCAACCUGAAAGAAAUGAUGCAUUUACUGAAGCCACUAAACGUAUGUGUGUAUACUGGACCUUGGGACACCAUGACAUCUGCAGGGUGACCAGACCUCUGCAGUAAAAUGAAAUCGCUCUGAUGGCUGCAUCAGACAGAGCUACACAGUGAGACACAUCAACAACUUCAAGGUCUCGUGCGUUUUUGCAGAGCUUCUCUAUGCCAAUGUCUGUGACGUAGAGACACUCUGCAAGUACUAUUUUCCUCAAGUGAAUUUUCUCAAGUGCAGCCAUACCUGAUCUUCAAUGUUGCAGCCGGUGAUGUCAAGAGAGCAGACAGAGCUACCACUCAAGCCUUCGACAGCCAAGUUAGUCAGUCUCCCACAGUAACUCAGAUUGAGAUGGUAAAGUUUACAUAACCUCUGUGCAAUCCUUCUGACCGAGAUGUCCGUGAUUUGAGGGCAGUGACUGACAUUCAGCUCAUGCAGUUUGUUGGCUGAGCAGCCAUCGACCAGGUACUGAAUCCCAACAUCACUCACCCUGCUGCAAAGAGAGAUGUCGAGGUAUUGCAGAUUCUUUAGAGUGGCCACAGAUCUCAAGCCUUGAUCAGUUAUCCGUGGGCAUCCAGCAGUGUGGAGUCUGCAGAGGCCUUUUGAGCUGCUGCACAGAGCCUUCCAGCCAACGUCAGUUAGAUGAUCUUGCCCUCUAUGAGAAAAGAUUUUAGUUUAGCGGCUUCGGCAAUGGCUUUAAGAGUGAUGUCGGAAAGAUGAGGCGCAUCCAACAGAGACACAGAGGACAGACAGCGACAUCUGGCCAGAAGAGCCUAGAUACAGCCAUCUGUCAGCGUGGGCAUGUCGUUGAUCACAACUUCUCUGAGUGAUGGGCAUCCAACAGAAAUAUGUCUGAACCCAUUUAAAGUAAUCUGAGUGCAGCCGGACAGAUUGAGGUGUAUGAGAUUGCGGCAACCUUUCCCCGUGGUCAGGUACAGAAAUCCCUUAUCUGUGAAUCUGCAGCAGUACGCCAAACUCAGGUACUGAAGACUGAUACAGCUCCUAUAAAGUUCUUUUAGGGUUUUGUUUGUUACAAAUGUGCAGGAGAGAUUCAGGUAGAGCAGACAAGGACAGCCCUCGACAAGUCUUUGUACCAUUGUAUCCUGUAAAGGAGCAGAUGUGAGAUUUCUGAAGUAGGUAUUUGUUGCAACUUUGCAUUGACAAUAGUCACUGUCAAAUCUAAUAUAGGAGAUAAUGUUUUUCAACAAAUGCAAUAAAUAAAUGUCUUUGCAUAUGGCACACAGAUAAAUAGAAUAAUUAUGAACUUUAGUUCUCAGGUAUAAUGUAGUAUGACAUAGCACAUCAUAUUUUCCUUUAAAUAAGACAUUUUUAUUCUCAAUCUCACACCCUUUUAAUAAUGUUUACUCACUGUAAGAUUAAAGCACUCGGACACGUUGAGUUCCUGGAGGUUUUUGCAUUCACCUGAGAAAUCAGGAGUCACAGAGAAAUGGAUUUAGUGUUCAAAACCUUUGCAAAUAAUUACCAUACCGUUCUUUAUAUGAGUUGUGAUGUGGAAAAUUUUAAUCAAGUCACGAGAUUACAUUGUGGGAGGUCUCCUGUCUUCUACAUUAUGUAAUGCCUCUAAAUUUUUUCCAUAAGGUAUAUAGCAGCUGGGUUUCAUCAGCAAUAACACUGUUGACCGUUGACCCAUCACUUCUGUUUCCAAGCCGAAGGACUUUGACCACAUUUUCUUGCUUUGACUCGGUCUCUUCCAGCAGAAAAGACAACCCCUGCAGGGCUCAGGAUGCGUUUGAUCCCCAUCCUCUUUCUAGCCUCUCUGCUUCUCCUGCUCUUCUCAUCCAUUGAGAUGAAAAGACCAGGGAAAGGGAAAGGCCUUGGAAGAGCAAGACACAGACUUACACGAGAGAGAGCCAGGGGGAGAGGUGCUGGUCGUCGCACGAGAUCUGGACCCGUGUUGAUGGUGUCAUUAAACUGUUCAGAGUCAAUGGAAUCUGGAAAAGCCUUUGUGGAUUGUCAGGGUCGAGGUCUGACCCAUAUUCCUUCCUCAAAGAUAUGGUCUAGAGUGCCCAAACAUCUCCUUCUUGCCAAGAACCAAAUCAGAGUUCUCCGAGACAGAUCCUUUCCUGGAUACGAGAGAUUAAGAAGUCUGGAUCUUCAGCAGAACCAGAUCUCUCUCGUGGAGGAGGAGGCCUUCCUCGGCCUGACCCAACUUACAACCCUCUUGCUGCAGCACAAUCGCCUGAGAACCCUCGGCGAGGAGGCUCUCAUCCCCAUGCCAAACCUUCGCCAAAUGAGCCUUUACGACAAUCCCUGGAAGUGUACCUGUUCCAUGGAAAGUCUCAUACGCACCCUUCAAGUUCCAAGCAACCGAAAUCUAGGAAACCAUGCCAGGUGUGCAGAGCCUGUCAGGCUAAAAAACAGAAGGUUAAAGAAUGUUGACCCUGAGUUACUCUGUCAGGAAUCAGAGUUGACCGACGAACCAAAUGGCAACCUUACAGUCCCUGCAGGACCCAGUCCAAUACAAGCCAAACCAGAUGCCAUCACAAUCUGCCACACCUACUAUGUCCCUGAAAUACGGAUGGACUGCAGUAACCGAGGUCUAACGGCAGUGCCCUCAGGUAUUCCAGACUAUGUUUUCCAGGUUGAUCUGUCACUUAAUUCAAUUCGUCAUCUUAGACCCAGAGAUUUCCACGAAGCGAGAAGCCUUAGGAUCCUUAAGCUCAAUAAUAACAAUAUGGAGCACAUUGACAGAGGUGCCUUUUUUGGGCUCUUGCAUCUCAAGGAGCUUGACCUGUCAGAGAACGGCUUACGUUUUGUUCAUUACGGUAUACUGGAAGAUCUGUACUUCCUGUCAUGGCUAAAUUUGGAAGGGAAUCCCUGGGUGUGCGACUACAGCAUCCACUACAUGGUUUACUGGUUACGUCUGCAUCCAGGUGUGCAGCACUCUGGACUGCUGUGUUACACUCCUCCGGAACAUGCGGGUGAAAGUGUGGAGGAUUAUGUGCAAUCCUACCACAGGGACUGUCCCAGUGACAGGCAGCUCAGCAGAACAGAUCAAGACCAAACAGACGUUGAGCUUUCGAACACGCUGAUGGAAGCACAAGGAGAGGUGGAGGAGGAGCUGGAGCCGAGGCAUUUGAGAGCACCACAGAAAUACCAGAUUAUCAGGUUAUCAUAGCUCAUAGAAAUAUGGUGUAAAAGGUAACUUUAAUAAGUGUAAUAAGUGUAUUUGUUAUUUUUACCUUAUUAAUAUACUGUCAUUAUUGUAAAACAGUCUGUAUCAGAUUGAUAUGUUUUUUCUUGCUGCAUGUUUUGAACUGUCUCUUAAUUAAAAUAUGAGAAAUAA